CAACCUCACCCCCAAUCCAAUUCAAUCCAAAAUGGUCGCAAACCUCCGAACAUGCGGCAGCCGAUCCAAAACCGGCUGCAGAACCUGCAAACUCCGCCGCGUCAAAUGCGACGAAUCCAAACCCCACUGCCAACGAUGCCAAUCCGCCCAACGAGUCUGCACAUACACACCCAGCAAGAAACCCCCGCGACCGGGUCUCCGCAUGGUAAUCUACACCGCGCCGCAGGCCUCGGCCUCACUAGCCGGGGCCAGGACCGGGUGUCCACAGACGCAAGAAGCGCUGAACUUCUUCGUCCACGAGGCGCGCGGGCGCUUAUUCCCAGUCGAGUUCUGCCACGCGGUACUGCGGGCGUCGCAGUCAGAGGCGGUGCUGGGACAUGCGAUCUGUGCGUUUGGGGCGCUGCAGCGGGUGUAUGAGUUUGGGGAGGGGAGGACUUGCACAUCCCCUGGGCCUGGGGAUGGAGGUGGAGGUGGAGUCCGGGGUGGGAUCGAGGCGACGAAUUCGGCGAUGCGGUUCGCGACGCGAGAGUACGGAAAAGCGCUCGGGAUGCUGCGUGCUCGAAGGCAGGAGGAGAGGCAGAGCCAUGAUGUAGCGCUGGUCUGUAGCGUGCUGUUUGCGUGCUUCGAGUGUCUAAGGGGGUGCCGGCGGGCGGCGAUCAUACAUAUCGCGUCGGGGCUGAAUUUGCUGAGACAGAUGGAGAUGGAGGGGAGUGCGUGGGAUGUGGUGUCUAGACGGGUGAUCCGGGCGCUGUUUACGAGGCUGGAUAGUCAGCUUGUGGAGGUGUUGGGGGUGGGGGUUGGAGAGACGCUGGGUGAGGAUGGGAUCCGGACGCCGGGUGCGAUGGUGAUGGGGGAGGAUGCUGGUCCUGGGGAGGGGGAUUUGCGUGAGGAUCUUGAUGAGCUGAUGAAUGCGAUCUUGAGGGAGAAGCUGGAUAGUGUGAUGGGUGCGCAGGUAUCGGGUGGGAGGUCUGCGUCGGGGAAGUUGCUGUCAGCGCUGGAAACGUGGCAUGCACGGUUUGCCAAUGCGGAAUCGGACCCGGAGAGGUCCUCGCAGAUGAAGGAGGAUGAUGCUGUUCUCCGCAUUUGGUACCUCGUUGGAAAGAUGUAUCUGACUAUUCGACCGUCUGACCCCGAAACGGCCUGGGAUCAGUUCUCGGACGAGUUCGAGACGAUACUCGGUCUGUGUGAGAUCUACAUCUCCGAGUCGAAGAGGACAUCCACACCCAGGAACUACACAUUCUCCUUCUCGCUGGGAAUCGUCCCACCUCUAUUCAUUACUGCGCAGCGAUGUCGCAAUGCCAGCAUUCGCCGUCGAGCAAUCCAUCUCCUCUCUACCUGCAGACGGAGAGAGAUCGUCUGGGACUCUGCGUAUGCCGCAGAGGCCGCACAGCGUGUCAUGGAGAUAGAAGAGUCAGCGGCGUUUGAUGCAGCGACUCGACAGCCUGCUGAUCUGAGGGUGAGAACGCUCAAAGCGAUUCUAGACGAUGAAGACGGCGUAAAAGUUCUGUUUGAAUAAACAUCUGAUCAAGGAUAGAAUAGAAUUAUCUAAUAAUACAGUCCGAG